UUCAAAAGGAGCGGCCGUCCUCCUGUUCAGCCACUUGAGUGGCCAAGAUCUGAAGCAGAAAGACCAUGGCAUCUACCACAGCACAGCCAGUGGGAAGUUUACCCAGCGGCCUUGGCGUAUGCACCACUGUCCCGGACGUCUUUUACCUUCCAGAGCUGAUCUUUGGAGGACUAGUUUGGAUCCUUGUUGCCUCUUCACAUGUGAUUCCAGCCAACCCUCUAGGAUGGGUGAUGUUUGUGUCAAUCUUCUGCUUCAUCAUGACCUUCAUAUGGCUGAUGAUUUUUCUCUGUGGAGGACACAGGAACAGUGUGAGCUGGGCAGCCGCGGACUUUGUGUAUCAUUUCCUGGCAGCGUUCUUUUACCUCAGUGCGUCUGUUGCCCUGGCUUACAUCACCUGCUUGUAUGGAAACGGUCUACUGGCUUUCGGUCAAAGUAUUACUGACUUGAAUACUUUUAACCGGUAUUACCGGAUCGACAUUGCUGCAGUGGUCUUCUCCCACAUAGCCACCCUCUUUUACUUCAUUCAUUGCAUUCUGUCGGCAAUGAGGUGGAGAAGCUUCUGAAGAUUUUCAGGCCAAAACACAAAUGACAAAGAACUAAAACACCACAAGUUCUGAGGAUGGGGGGUGUAUUUUAUGUUAGGAUUAAGUACCUUGACUCAACAGCUGCAAGAUAAACUACGACAUGUCCAAAUGAUAAUACUAUAGCUUGUCUAAAAUGGUAUGCAUUAGUUUAAUUUUUUUCAACAAGUUUUCUGUAAGGGAUGAAGACAGUUAUACCAUUUUGUUUUGUUUUACUUUUGUACCAACUGUUAACCCCAAAGAAAAACAUGUAGGACCUUCUAAAUAACAUUUAUGUUAAAAGCAGUUAGUUAAACAUCUAUUCUAGAAUUACCACGUACACAAUGUUCUUCCGAUUUAUGUUUUAUACAUUUAUUAUCAACAGGGUUUACUAUAUAUAUUUUGAAAUACUGAAUGUUAUCAAGUACUUGUAAUAUUUGUAAUAAAUAGGAAUGAAAUUGUAAUACUUUGAUACAACUAAAUUGCAAAGUUUCUGUUAAUUAAGGUGUUGGACAUAUAAGAGUUUCAUGUCCUGUUAAAUAAAGAUUAUUCUGACAAUGGAAAAAAAUA